UCCUCAGCCCCAGCUUGCUCCCACAGAGGUACGGUAGUGGGGAGACAGACUGUCCAGGGUGGAGAAGGCCAGCUCCAUUGCAGAGAGAGGAGAGGCUGAAGAGAAAGAGAGAUCAGGUGCACUGAAUUGCUCUGGACGCAUCUCAUGGAGACAGCGUGCACACCAGUGCAGAGAUACUGGUGAAAACGUACAGCACGUGGCCUCACAGGCUGCCCAUGAAUCCACCCUGUCCUACACACUCUCAGGGAGAAUGCAGCCAGGUCUGGGAACGCUCACUCGCACUUUGAGCUGACCGUUAGAUUCCUGAGCUAGAGGAAUACAUAACACAGGAAAAUCACAGAGCCACUGGCAGAGGAUGAGCGUGAGAGAACUGAAUUGCAACACAUACGCUGACCAGGAAGACACACGCAAAUCCUCCACUCACUGGCACUCAGAGACACGUCCACCACAUAUACACUUUACAAAGAAGAGAAGUCCUGCAGAUACCCGUGAGUGUAACCAUGGCCCAGGUGCAGUACGACUGUUCCACGGGGGAUCAUCCAAACAUCACCAAUUCAACAGCCUCUCCCGUGGGACAUGAGCAAAUUCAACUCCUGUUGCAGGUCUGCAAGGAAGCUAAGAAAUCUGCUUACUGUCCAUACAGUCGCUUCCCGGUGGGAGCGGCACUACUGACAUGUGAUGGGAAGAUCUUCUCUGGCUGCAAUGUAGAAAAUGCCUGCUACCCCCUGGGGAUAUGUGCUGAACGCACCGCCAUUCAGAAAGCCGUGUCAGAAGGGUACGUGAAUUUCAGAGCCAUGGCCAUUGCUAGCAACACUGAAGAGGACUUCAUCGUGCCCUGUGGGGCCUGCAGACAAGUAAUGAGAGAGUUCAAUAGAGACUGGGACAUUUACAUGACAAAGCCAGAUGGGACCUAUAUAGUCAAGACUCUUCAAGAGCUCCUUCCCCUGUCAUUUGGACCAGAAGAUCUGAAGAAGUUCUGAAGAGUAUGUGGAGCAUGUGAUCUGCAAUGGCACUAAAGAACCUCCAGACAAUCUUACGCUUUCUGUCUGCAGGACGAGAUUUAUUUCAGAUACUUCCCAACUCUUGUCUCCUAGGGAAUGUCAUUUAACUUCUGUAAGCCUCAGGGAACUCUAAUGAAAAUAAUUUCCAUUUAUACUAGGCCUGGAGAAGGGGUGGCAAGAACUAGAUCUGCCUCAUUGUGAAUCAGCCAAUCCCAAACGUUCACAAGUUCGGUUUAGCAGACAUGGCAGUAUGAUGUCAUGAUUAGAGCAGGUUGGGAAUUUGUCAACGAAACAUUUUGCAUGGGAAAACUCCAGUUCAUCAAACUAGUCACAUGACCACUCUGUGCCUCAGUUUCCUCACCUGAAUAAUGAUGCAUUAACCUUUUUCGCAAAGUGCUUUGAGAUGCUUGGGUGAGAAAUGCUUUUAUAGUGCUAAAUAUUAUUAUUGCUCAUAUUAAUGCAGUUACUCCAGCUUUAUACUGGUUUAACUGAGACCAGAAUCUGGCCUAAGAGUCUCAUAUAAGGUCAGAAUGUAAGUUCUAAUAUCCUAGAGAGGGUCCACAUUAUUCUGAAACAUAUUAUUCAAACAAAUGGGCCAAGUGAACCUUCUUCCCCACAUCUUCCUACCUCAAGCUAUAUGCUGUACAUUUAUUUACUAGUGAUUAGAGAACAACCAAAUUAAAGAUUCACUGAGUUCUGGUUUGGCCCCAGAUCUCAUUUUAUGCAAACCUCGAAAGUUCCGAUGGAGAAUUUAACACAUAGUUUUAAUUCUGGCUCAUCACUACUGUUGAUCAAAAUUGCACAGAUCAAUAAAUCAUACAAAUGCAGGAAUUCCAUAAUGUCAAGUAGUUAUUUGUAAAGAUAAGAAGAAAAACUAAAUAAGAGAGAAGAGAAACUAAAGGUUUAAUAAAUCCAAAGUAGACUCUCUUGUUCGUCUAUGAAGCAGGUUAUUAGUAAGCAACAGCCUAUAGUAAAAUGUAUCAGAGGGGUAGCCGUGUUAGUCUGGAUCUGUAAAAGCAGCAAAGAAUCCUGUAGUGCCUUACAGACUAACAGAUGUUUUGAAGGGGGGCAUACUUCGACUCCUUCUGUGCUCGGCCCUUGUGGAAGGCAGGUGACCGGUUUUCGAAAGGCACCGUGACGUCUACCAGGAGGACCUUCUUCUUUGCAUCUGACAAAGUGGGUAUUCACCCACGAAACCUCAUACUCCAAAAUGUCUGUUAGUCUAUAAGGUGCUACAGGAUUCUUUGCUGCUUUUAUAGUAAAAUGGGCAUUUUAGAUUAUGCUGUUUAUUGUCACUUAAUUUUCCACACUUUGUGAACAUCCUCUUCUUUGUUACCCUGAUUUUUCUUGAUUUAUUUUUUCUCUGAGAGAAUGGAUGGGAAAGGGAAUGUAGUGGUGAGAACCGGACAAUACUAUAACAGUUCUGUCUCCAGAGUAAUAUGAUGUUAUGACUGUGCUACAUUAGGCACAAGGAAAUGAUCUGAAUUGAACAAAAAUGAGUUAAUUUUUCUAAUCCUGCAGCACUGUUGGUUAUUUACAUGUUAUUGUAAAUGUCCAAACAGAAUAAAUGUAGUCACUAAUUCUA